UCAAAACAGGAAGUAGAAACCAGAAUUUAGCUUAUGAUGGGUAUUUUUUUUUUGUUACUUUGUACAUUCAGUAUUCAGGUUGAGUUUUUAGACACUGAAACAAAGCCCUUUCCUAGAACCAAAGAGUAAACUGGCUGUUACGUUUACUGCACAGUUAGCUGUUAUGCUAAGUCGGUUAGCUUUAAAAUCUUCUUUCCAUACAAUAAAAGGAGCCGAGGCUCGAUGAGUAUCCGAGCGUUAUGGGUUGUCACCCAUGAAAGGGGUGAAUCUGUAAAAGUGCAGUUUUCCAGGCGGUACCCCUCAGUGGAGUUUCGUGCUAAAGCCUUUGCUGAAGCUCACUAUGUGUCUGUUCCUGAGGACUGUAACAUAGCCCAGCUCCUACUGACCGAGCUGGGCCUGGCAGACCCUGACAAGCCUUACAUUGCUGCAAGGGAUGACUGUUCCCGCCAGCAGCGAUCUCCUGCACUGGAGCUCCGUGUUGGUAGCUCAGAUGCGAGUCACCUAUGGCCAGUCCUAACCAUCGUCCAGGGUGGACUAAUCCUUGCUUGUCUCCCGCUGAUCGAAGUCCCACCUGAUCCCCGACCUCCCCUUCCCAGCCUAGCUUCCGUCUCUCAGGGCUUAGCCUUGUUAUCUAGCCUACAGAGCUUCCUUUGUGGCACAGCGGGUAAACCACCAGAGCUGGAUGUGCUUGUCUCUCGCUUGGCAACCCUUCCUUCAGUAUUGAUGCAGAUUUGUCCGUUAGGGACUCCCCUGGACACUCUUCCUCUAGCUGGGAUGCUGCCUGCAGCUCUGGCUCCAGGACCUGGUGGUGCUCAGAAACAACCCGCGUGGAAAACAGGGGUUCAUCGAGGGAGAGCAGUGGUAAAUGUGGCCCUCACAGAGACUGUGAGGUCCAUGCAGUAUGGAAACCAGAGCAAACAGGAUCUGUGGGAUGUACAUGGGACAGUAACAUGCAAAUGUGAAGUGGAGGGUGUUCUGCCCAAUGUCACAGUCACCCUCGCACUACCGCCCAAUGGCUCGCCCCUGCAGGACAUCCUUGUGCACCCCUGUGUGACAUCGCUAGAUUCCAAUAUUCUUACAGCUAGUAGUGUGGAUGGGAACGAUGGCUCAGCCUUUUCAGGGCCAUACAAAUUUCCUUUCUCUCCACCUUUGGAGCCUUUCCGACUCUGUAGUUAUACCUCCCAGGUACCUGUGCCGCCUAUUCUUGGUUCCUACCAUCUCAAGUCAGAGGAGAACCAACUCAAACUCAACGUAGUCCUCAAACUCCAUGAAAGUGUCAGAAACAGCUUUGAAUGCUGUGAAGCUCGUCUGCCAUUUUUUAACAGAAACCUCAUGGGCAAUGUGGAUAUAAAAGUGACCUCAGGACAGUUAGAGGUUUCUAAAGAGAAGAACCUGAUCGUUUGGUUUCUUGGUCAGAAAUUUCCAAAGUCACGAGAGGUAACUCUGGAAGGUACGAUUCAUUUCUCAGGGCAUCUUGCUGGACCAUCAGACCCUAUGUGUACAGAUCUCACUGCAUAUAUGAAACUUUACUUCCGAGUACCUGAUUUGACUUUAUCUGGAUGUUGUGUGGACCAGCACUCUGUACAAGUGUAUUGCUCAGCAAAGCCACGUAUCACCACGACACGAGAACUGGUGUCCUCUGAAUACUACAUCUGGAACUCCACUGGAGAUGCCCCUGUGUCUUCUGGACCUGUGAUACUGUAGCAGAAUGAUUCACUACAGUACAGAGACCUUAAUAGCUGAUAAAACACCAUGUUUGAGCUUUUUUUCCGAUCUUUUAACUGAAUUAACCCAAGGGACAAAUGAGUGACUUUAUGUCAGCAAAUAGACGGUGAAUGAAGUGUUAAAACUACUUCUGAUAUGAACUCUAAGCAUAAGAGAUGUGCAGUAGGCCAGGGAGAGUCAACCCUCUGAAGGUAUUUGUUCCAGUUUGUCCCAAAUCGACAUACCGACCCUCUACGUUUUACACGUUAGGUGCCUUCUUUGUUUAAAGAUUAUGUUCUUUGAUAAGAUUUUUCACAGAGUACAAAUUAUGCAAUAAAUAAAAAUUAAAAUAAGGCACUGACUGAAGUAAAAUAAAAUCUUUUUACACAGUU